AUGAGAAAUACGAGAGUUUUCUUACUCGAAUGCAAAAGAAAUAACAUCGCACCGAGCCACAUUGCCAAGAACAUCAAGGCAGUUACUUUUCUCCAGUUUCAGGAUCAUCCUUUUAAGAAUGAUACGGAUAAACUGGUUGGAAGAUUCAGUAAGCCUGUAUUAAACUUGGAAAUAAAGAUUACUAUUUGGAGGAUUAAACAGCUUGAGGGUGAAUGUCUGAGAUUGAAGCAUGACCUUGGAGACAACAUAUCACCAGAACUGAUGGGAGAUCUGGGGUUUAAGAUCAGAGAGAUCCAGGAGGGCACGUUCACUCGAGUGAAGCGACAUAACAGGAAGAAGUUCAAUGCCCUGUUGCAGAAUACGUCGUCGGUGAAGGUAUCAACACACCACGAAUCAGUCAUACACAAUUUUACAUCUGUCGUGUUACCUGAAGAAGUGAAGCGAGUCUUGUGUCUCGAGUCAAAAUUUGGUCUAGAUGUGGGUGACCAGAGUUUACCCAUUCCGAGAAUCAUUAAAGACAUGGAAGUUUGCAUCCAGAGUCUGUCGGUUAAUGAUACGAGCCCUGAAGAUCAAGGGGAAGCGAGGAAUGUGAUCAGGUCACAGAUGGUGAAUAUUGCCACUAAUUUCCAGAAUCGGCCAAAGGUCAGCAUGAACAACCAGCUGGCUCAUGACAUCAGAGUGACGAGGAGAUUCUUGGAGGACAAUAACCAAGUUUUACUCACAAGGUCAGACCAGGGGGGUGCCACAGUGCUGAUGUUUAGGGACGAGUACCUGAGGGUGAUGAAGGAGAUGUUGGCUGAUAAGAUGACUUACCGGAAGACCAACAAAGACCCGACUUCACGAUUCCAAACGAGUGCGAAUGCUCUGGUGGAGACGUUGAAGAAGGAAGGGGUAGUGAGUGAUGAAAAGGCCAAGUAUCUGAAGACCCACAAUGCUGUGAUGCUGAAAAUGCCAGUUGUGAGCUGCGUGAAGGCACCGAGUUAUAAAGUGGGGAGGUUCUUUCAUACACUCCUGUCCAAGGUUCAUAAGUCAUCAGAGGUAAACAUUAAGAAUUCGCAGGAAUUUGUGGAGUUUGCCAGGAACACCAGGCUUCCUGAGGGUUAUGUUUUGAUUUCAUUGGAUGUUGUGUCGCUGUUCACUAACAUACCUAAGGAACUAGUCAUCAAGAUCGUGGAGGACAAUUGGGAGGAGUGGUCAUCGCUGGUCUCGGCAUCGAAAGAGGUGGUGCUGAGCCUCAUUAAGUAUUGUUUUGAGGCGAGCUACUUCUCAUUUGACAAUGAGAUCUACUGUCAGCUAGAUCGGAGUGGCAUGGGCAAUCCAGCGAGCACAGGCUUGGCAGGCCUUGUGAUGAACCAUGUGGUUUCGAAGGUGAUUGGUGAAUUGCCUUUUGUGGUCCCGUGGAUUAAGGUGGAUGUGGACGACACGAUUCUGGCGGUGCCGAAAGAUCGGGUGGAGGAAGUACGGGAGAGGUUCAACUCCGUACAUGACCGUAUCCAGUUCACGGUUGAGCAGGAGACGAAUAACGUGCUCUGCUUUCUGGAUGUUGAAGUCCAUCGUGGCGAGGAUGGUACGCUGAGGACAAACUGGUAUCAAAAACCAACCAGUGCAGGUAUAGUCGUUAAUUUCAGGUCGAAUCAUCCAACCUCACAGAAGAUCGGAGUAGUUUUUCGACUGCUGCAUCGUGCUCUUGGCUUGAGCGAUCAAGAGUUUCAUGAUGAAAAUGUGAGGAAGACGAGGCAGUUGUUGGGGGUGAGAGUGAGGCAGCACAAGAAUGAUGGUGCACCUCGGAAGAUCUUGAAGGAGGAAAAAACUGCUUCAGCCGCUCAUCAUUUCCGCCCUGGUCAUCGCUUUAAAUUCGAUGAAACAAGUGUUCUGGAUUCAGAACCGGACUGGAAGAAGAGGAAUAUUGUGGAGAUGAUCCACAUAUUCCUCAACGACACGGUGAAUAAACGUGAGGACACCCAAGGGCUCAGUAAUAUGUACAGCAACAUCCUGAGAAGAUUUAAACGGGAUGGGGAUAAAUAA